ACCUUUUAUGCAAAAAAGAAGAAGAAGAAGAAGAAUCUAAGAAAGUUGAAAAAUAAUAUCUCAAAAUUAUAAGGUAAAAUAAUUAGAUGUUUAUGUCUCGGAGGUAACAAGAUAUUCCAAUUUCAAUGUUUUCUGAUCGAAUUGAAUAAUCAGUUGUGGGGUCUUGAUAUCUCUUAAAUUUAACCCUACCAUUAAAACUAUAAGGGAUCGGUCUUUAUAGAGAACGGUUUAAAUCGUUCUUUAAGCACUUGCCUCAAUUAAAAAAUUAAUCUGAUAGUAAUUUAGCAGUGAAAUGAUUCAUGCAAUCGUUUGUAUCCCUUCCUACAAAUGUAAUUUAGCCAAAUAUUUUAAUUAGUGCUUUUUUUAUUUUAUCAGGAAGAAUGUUUUUGCGCAUUCGGGAAGUCAUGUUCAACUAGGAAAUAAAAUUUUGGUGAAAUAAUUGACUAAAUUCUUUACACUACUAAUUAUUUUCAGUGACAAAUUAUUGUAAUCAGUAUCUAACGUUUUCUUUAUGUGCUAUAUAGUGGCUGUCUUUAUUGUAAAGGAAUAAACUCCCUUGUCUGGUUUUCCUUGAAAGACACGACAUAGAAUUUGAUAAGAUCCCUCCAUUAGAAUCAAAGUUGAUUUGACAUUGUUGAUUAAUUAUGAUAUUAUCAAAGGGGGGACCCAUUUUUUUGCCCUUUUAUUAUUAUUAAGUAAUUCUGCUUUUUCAUUAUUAUGGAAUUCUUCAGACAGGUUUCCGUUUCUUGUGUUAGUUCAUGUUCUUGGGUAGCACAUUAAAAAUCGAAUUAUAAAUCAUGUACAAUAUUUUCUAAAUUUCGUAGAGAUAGAGCAAUCUAUAGUCACACUUAGACAGAUUUAGAUAAUUUAAUGAGGAUCUUCCAUUACUAUUCCUUUGAACUAUAUUAAUGAGAAAACCCCGAUGUAGUUAGGAUUUGUAUUUUUUUUUCUUCGAUUUCUCAAGUCGAUAGACGUAAACUUCCAUUAUUAAGAGCUUAUAAAAUUGUCCAAUGAGGUUUAACUCAAUGCUCGUUGAACAUGAAUGAUAUUCGCUCUUCAUGUAAACAACCUGAUAACCGCAAACCAAGUUAGAUGUUGUUGCGAAUAAGAAAACACUAAAAUAAAAUUGCUAGUUUUUUUUUCCUAAAAAAAAUUGCUAAAAGAUAGUCGUCGAUGUUAGAUGGCUAAUGUCGACAAGAAGAUACUAACUUAGAACUACUAAAAUAAAAAUUAAUGAUUAAUUAAUAUCUAUACUUAAAAUAAUGAAUAAGUAAAAACAAUUUUUUAUUAACACAAAUUAAUCUACUAGAGUAAAUCGUGCUUAUAACCAUCCCAUUCAACUAAAACUUUUGGUUUCAAAAUUCCUCACCAAACAUCACUUUUGUUUAAGAAUCGGUAAAAAAGUGUUAUGAAAUUUCCCAUUGCAUUCUGAGACGAACUUUAAAUUUGUAAAGAGAGAGAACAAGAGAGAUUAUAAGUAGAUUGUUUUGAGUCAAGACCCUAGAUGACCCUUUACGUUGCUUAGAACCAACAAUGUAUCGAAAAAGCAAUCAAAGGCAUCAAUGUACCUAUAAUUCCUUGGCAUUGAUAUAUAAUCAAAUACCGGAAUUAUUGUUCAGAUAAAUUCUCUUCAAAGGCUCCAUAUUUCCUCUCAGUAACCUGUCACUUUCUAAUCCUCCAAAGGGUAACGUGUGCUUGUCCCACAUAUAAUCUCGGUGGCCCACCUUAUCAUUUGCCAUCAGACCACCACACACACACCACGGCAUGCUUUUGAAAACAUUAACUCGCAUAGUCGUAUUUGUGCACCCGAUUAACACAAUGAUCUUCAAUCUGAUCGCAAUAUGCAGGCUCAUGCUAUGCUAAGUGUACGGUGCGUUUGCUUGUGUCUUUGUGCAAGUGUUAUCUCGAACCGGGUCUCACCGGUACGGUAUGAGGACGGAAUUUAAUGAAGUAUACUAGAAUUGGUAGAACCAGAGGGGAAGUAGUGUACUUCCAUGUCCAUUGUCCAGAGCUUUUAAUGGAGAAUUAAAGAAAAAAACUCAAUGUUUGAGGUCAAUUAAUAAGGAAGCAUCUUCCCUUUUAAGCUAAUUAUCAUCUCCAUGGCCCGACCGUAGACUUGGACUCCUCCACGGGACAGAAAGGGCGCCGCUUGCUUUGCUUGCCUUCUUGGGUCCUCCCCCUUUGCUUUCUUCAGUGGUGACCCCCAAGAUUUUUGCAAUGAUGCCUUCUUUUUGUCUCAUUUUGGUUGGUCAAUGAAUUGCACACAGACAGCAACCACUUCUCCCGUGAAGCUCCCCAGGUUUCUGUUUCAUUUUUCGCAGACCCAUCUGGUCAGAUUCCUUGUCCGUGGCAUUGUCGGGUGAACCAUGAAACAGGAGACCACCCCGCCGCCGGCGACAACUAACCCGCCGAAACUCAUCAGACCCACCUCAAAAGUCAAGGACUUGCCCAAGGAUAGGGCCCGGUCGGUGCCGCCCGACAUCAAGAACAGCAGCUCCAAGGUGGUCCGGAGACUUUUGUUCGGGAGGCCGAAAUCUGGGGACGGUCAUAGUGGGCCCCAGAAAAGCAGGGAGGCCGAGGAGCCUCGGGUUGUGGCAGCGGUGACUGUGGCAGCUCGGGCGGGGCCGACCCGGGCGGCCGCAACGGCGGAGCAGUUCGCUCGGCCGAGGCGGGUGAGGGCCGUUGAGGGGGCGGAGGAGAAGUGGCGGAGGGAGAUGAAGGAGAAGGUGGAGAUGAGCGAGAACCUGAUCAAGAACUUGGAAUGUGAGGUUUCGGGGUUGAGGAUGCAGCUGGAGAAGGCUCGGAGUUUGAACUCGGAGCUUGAGUCGAAAAACCAGAAGCUCUCCGAGGAUCUUGCCGCUGCGGAGAACAAGAUUGCUGCUCUUUCUAGCCGUGAAUUGCAGAGGGAGAAGGAGUUGAAUCGGGAAUACCAGAGCCCCAAGUUUAAAGAUAUCCAGAAACUGAUUGCGAGCAAGCUCGAGAACCCGAAGGUGAUGAAGGAGGGACCGAACGAGGUGACCAUCAAGGCCACUAUCCGAUCCGAAUUGCCUGUGAGUCCAAUUGCUAGAGUUCCCGACAGUUCGGUGAGAAAGUCUCCACCACCGUGCCCUUCUUUUCCACCGCCGCCUCCUCCACCACCUCUGCCCGCAUCACGGCCUCGUGCUCGAGCUGGGGCUCCAACUCAGAAGGCUCCUGCAAUCGUUGAGUUUUAUCAAUUCUUGACAAAGCAAGAAGGGAAAAGGGAUCGAUCCUGUCCUGGAAAUACAAGUAAACCGAUGCCUGCCACCACUAGUGCCCACAGCAGCAUAGUCGGAGAAAUUCAGAAUCGCUCUGCUCAUCUCUUGGCUAUUAAAGCAGACAUUGAGACGAAAGGAGAUUUUAUCAAUGGCCUUAUCCGAAAGAUCCUUGCUGCUGCUUACACUGAUAUUGAGGAUGUCCUAAACUUGGUGAACUGGCUCGACCGUGAACUUUCUACACUGGCUGAUGAGCGUGCUGUUCUGAAACAUUUUAACUGGCCUGAGAGGAAAGCAGAUGCCAUGAGAGAAGCUGCAGUUGAGUAUCGAAGCCUAAAGUUGUUGGAAACUGAGAUAUCUUCAUUUAAGGACAAUCCCAUCGUUCCCUGUGGGACUGCCUUGAAGAAGAUGGCAAACUUACUGGACAAGUCGGAGAGAAGCAUCCAAAGGCUGAUUAAACUGCGGAGUUCUGUUUUGCAAUCUUAUCAAGAACACAAGAUCCCGACUGAUUGGAUGCUCGACUCUGGUAUCGUAAAUAAGGUACGUUUGCUGAGCAUAUCUAAAGUGACUCUGGAGUUUGAAUCAGUUCGGAAAUCCGACAAAGAGGCAUCUCAAGAAGCUCUUCUGCUCCAGGGUGUUCAUUUUGCGUACAGAGCUCAUCAGUUUGUGGGAGGACUCGACUCGGAGACGCUGUGCGCCCUGGAGGAGAUCAGACAGCGGGUCCCGAGGCACCUGGGAGGAUCCCAAGGGUUGCUCGCAGGAAUUCCAUCAUCCUAAUAACAUCGCCCGUAAUAUACAAUUUGCUGGAACGGUUUUCCCGAGAAUCAUCGCGAGUAGACACUAACAUGAGUGUUAUCAGACAUCGUGAAAGUAUCUUAUGAACCGAUCUGCAGGUGGAGGCCACCAGCCGGAUGGAUGAUUUACGCGAGUUGGAAGACAGGUUCAUCUGUUUAUCGAGAAGGAAGUAGAGUAGCUUAUACGAAAGUACGCCUUUAUUUGCCAAGAGUUAGGGAGUCAUGCUUCUUCGAAAGUUGUAUCUCGAAUAAUAUUCGAAACAAAAGGUAGUUGUAGCUGGCUUUCCCAUGUAAUAUGUUUGUUACCUUAAAAGCUAAUAGCUAGAACGAUUCAUAUAUCGAUUUAGUCAUUCGUGUAUGUGAAAUUAUAUUCGCUCUGUAAUUUAGAAUAUUUUUAUGUUAAAAUGAAAUUGUUUUGGACUC